UGGCUGUUUUUAGAACUAAGUGAACGCCCCAUCAGAGAAGAAGCUAGCUGCAGUAGCUUGUAGCUUCUCGGUGGAACCGUCGAGAACAAGUUCAGUAAAGAAAACAAGUAAAAAUGCCUCGUGUUUACAUAGGCCGACUAAGCUAUCAUGUCCGUGAUAAAGACAUUAAGAGGUUCUUUAGCGGGUAUGGUAAACUACUGGAAGUCGAUAUGAAAAACGGCUAUGGCUUUGUUGAGUUUGAGGAUAACAGAGAUGCUGACGAUGCUGUGUACGAGCUCAACGGGAAGGAGCUGUGUGGGGAGCGGGUGAUCGUCGAGCACGCCCGCGGACCGCGGCGAGACCGGGACGGCAACGGUGGGGGUUACUGGGGUGGUGGGCGCAGCAGCGGUUACAGCAGCAGCAGUAGCAGCAGCAGCAGGACCCGUGUAGGCAGAGACAAGUAUGGACCUCCGGUCCGUACUGAGUACCGUCUCAUUGUGGCGAACUUGUCCAGUCGUUGCAGCUGGCAGGACCUUAAGGACUUUAUGCGUCAGGCUGGAGAGGUUACUUAUGCCGAUGCUCACAAGGAAUGCCCUAACCAGGGAGUAAUUGAGUUCCGAAGCUAUUCUGACAUGAAGAGAGCUUUGGACAAGCUGGAUGGAACAGACAUUAAUGGCCGAAAGAUUCGUUUGGUUCAAGACCAACCUCAAAAGAGAAGGUCCUACUCUGGUAGUCGGUCCAGGUCUCGUAGUCGCCGCCGUUCACGCAGCAGGAGUCGCAGGAGCUCAAAGAGCCGUUCCAGAUCCCACUCUAGGUCUCGUUCUCGCAGCAACAGAAGGCGUCGUUCCCGCUCACGAUCUGGAAAGUCUCGCUCAAGGUCCGGAGAAAGGAAAUCUCGCUCCCUUAGCCAUAAAUCCCGUUCACGGUCUCGAUCCCGAUCUCGCAGGUCCAAGUCUCGUUCUCAAUCUCGCAAGUCUCGCUCCCGCUCGGCUGACCGGAAGUCUCGUUCCAAGAGCCGCUCCAAGGGGAAGUCUGAUCGGGAUUCUCGUAGCAGAUCAAAGGAAAAGUCUGCCGAUAAAAAGUCUCGCAGCCGCUCCGCCUCCCCUGUUGAAAAUGGAGAAAAGGAGCCUCCAGAGAAAUCACCCAACCGUUCCCCAUCCCCACAGGAAGGUGAUCGCCGAUCCAACUCAAGAGAAAAGCGCUCGGCCUCCCGCUCAAAGUCCCGCUCACGGUCCAAUUCCCGGUCCAGAUCAGCCUCUCAGGAUUAGCAAAAAUGGAUAAGGAUGUUUUUCUUGUAAAGCUUAAUUAUAAUGCUGUACAUACUGAGCAGUGUUGUAACACCUGAUCAGAGCAUCUCAAGCUUUUUUCUCUUUUUUUGGUACCUUCCUCAAGCAAUCUUGUUUUUAAAAAUAUCAGUUUACUCACUACUCAAACAUUUUAUUUUUAACAUUUAAUUUAAAAUGUAAUUUCAUUUUUGGACCCUUGCCACUUUUUUUCAGCUUUAAAAUCCUAUAAAAUUAAUUUUAACUAAAGGUUUUUCUUCCACAACUGUUUGCUAAAAACUGUCUCAUGAAAAUGUAUAAUUGAAAACAUUUCAAACCUUUUUUUUGGAGUGUUUUGUGAAAUUGCUCUGUCUUUGUGUUUAAGCUAGAUUGUUCAUUACAAAAGUUAAGGUACAAGCAUAUUUUUGCCCCUGAAAUCCGAUUGAACCUUUUUUUAUGUUUAAUAAAUAUCUUAAGGAA